AAUUAAUUACCUCAGCAACUUCCGACCGUCUCUUUGACACAAUUUGAGAGAGGAAGGUAUUGUGGGAUUCAAAAAUGGAUCAUCCUUAUUUAAGGAAUCAUUUUUAUCCAGACGAAGUGCCACCACCUUACCUGAUCUCCGCCGAAUCCGAGAAUGACCUGUUUGACUCUUCGAAUAAAAAUGUAAAAUCAUAUUCCCCUUCGAUCACACACUCUAAUGACUUUCUAUUCGAUCGCGACGGUUACGCCUACUCGACGUCGCAGAAUGACUAUAGUGGACCGAAUUGUUUUUCUCCUGCAGAAACUCACAUGGGUUCUGGGGAGUCAUCUCCUAAGAAAUACUGUAUCUGCAAGGGACCGGAGCACGGCUUUAUGAUAUGUUGUGAUGUGUGCGAAGAAUGGUUUCAUGGGCCCUGCGUUGGUGUCACGCCGCAACAGGCGGAAUGCAUCCAACGCUAUACGUGCAUGGCGUGCCAGACUUUUGAACAACCUAAUUUAUCUAUAACGUCUGAUUCGAAUAAAUAUUAUCAGAUGUCUAAUGACACACAAAAAAAUAAUGAUCAUUUUUAUGCUUAUGAGGCUGUAAAGUAUGCUCCACAAUCCAGCAAGACUGAUUCACUCUAUGUAGAUACUAGCAUGCAUCCAAAAAAGUCGGUUCACUUACGCCAGAACGCACAUCAAAGUCAACUCCAGACUGUGAAUCAGGCAAGUACUCGCAGCCCAAACCCAUUGGAGAAGAAGGGCGUGGACGUGGCGCCGUCGUCCAGCGUAAAUGGCACAUAUCAAGCAUCUUCCUCACGUUCUAAGAAGUUGCCGACAACAACAAGAGACUCGCCUACGUCUUCUUCUUCGGUGGUUUCGAACAUGCCAUCGCCUGACACCAGGCACGCACAAGGAACGAAGCGAUCAAGGGCGUCGACCGCGUUUCCCAACUACUUAUUGGCGACUGAAGACAGCAAGCCGUCCGGACAGGCUAAAAAGAAGACCUCUGCGAUAUCUGUGGUCUUCCCGAAUAACGGCGGCACACUGGCUACCAAGGCGAGCGCUCAAGACAAGGUUGAGCGCACACGUAGCACUCUUCGAAAGAACCUGAUAUCCGAUGUGACCAAGGGAUUUGAGUCGGACGUCAAUUCAGCGGCCGGUGGGAACUUGUCGAAGGAGUUGGGCGCGUCGUCGAUGCCGUCGCCUCAGGCUAUUGAGAAGUUGGCACACGACAUUGAGCUAGCGCUUUGGGAGAGUCUGGACGACAAGACUUUUAUCAGCGAGAAAUACAUGGAAAAGGCGGCUAUUUUGAGGUUUAAUUUGAGUGCCGUGAACAACCGUUCUUUGCGAGAGCGGGUGUUGAAGAGGGAAGAGCCGUUUACUCCAUUUAAUUUGGUCCGGAUGUCUAAUGAAGAGUUGGCGCCUGAAGAGUUGGUGGCUUUGCGUCGGAAGUUGGAGAACGCGGACGCGGAGUCUAGAAUCAAAGUAACUGACAGCCAAUUAGAGUCGUUUAGGUCUCGCUCGCAAGACAUGUCAGAUGCUACCGCGGGCGUGAUUGUGCACAUGUUGCCGACUUACGAAGACGAGCCCGCAAAGGCGAAGGAGGAAGAAGACCAAAAGCGCGAAAAUGAGGGCUUCGCAGAUAGCGCUUUGAUGCCUACGUCGGAGGCCGCUUCUGCGCGUUCUCCUUUCGGCAUGUCAGGUUUUUCUGUAUCUUUGAUUUCGGAGAGCGGGCCUUUGAACGUGUUUGAUGGCCAGACGUCGUUGCAAGACGAAAGCGCGGAUUUCGACGAACUGAAGUCACGCACGCAGAACAUUCUAUUUGAUCUAGACGUGGAUUCCUUUAAGAUCAACAUCGACGAGGAGGAAAUGCAAGAGCCGAUUCCGUUUACGCCUCGAGGCCAGGAGAAGUCUUGCGAUUCUUCGAAGCCGUAUUCCGAGGCUGAAUUUACCCACGAGGUCAAUAAUUCUGUGCACGGCAUGCACUCAGGUCAGUACGCGGGUCAGGACGGCAAGUACCGCGCCCGGAGGUGUGCAGACCGUCGGUCAACGAGCGGGUUUAUGGAGUCCGAGAACGAGGCUCAGGGGCGUCUGUCGAGACAGGCGCCGACCCCUGGUGGCGGGUACGCAGACGAGAACUCGACGGGCGCGGCCAAGUCGGCGAAGGACGUGGACGAGGAACACGAAGGGCGCUUGGAAGCGAACCACGUGCUACAGCAGCUUUUGCAAGAGAGAGCGUACCACCUGGACGAGGGCGAGGUCGAGUGUUCGUCCGCGUCUGGCGACGCGAGCGAGAGCAAAGCAGCGGCUGAAAAUGGCCAUGUCCACCGAGUGGACCAGACGAGCCAAGAAAAGAGUGAAAAAACGCGCGAGGAAGAAAAAUACGAUACACAUCAACACAGCGAUUUAUCGAACAUGUUCAAAGAAGCUGGAUCUCUACCCGAUUCAAGUGCAGACACCUCGGCGAAGACUGGUCACUGCAUAUCUAACCCGUUGGCGGCCAGUCCCACACCCCGGUCCUUGGGCCAACACGCCCAGCCAGGCUCGAAUCUUGGCUACCUUCAAGUAUGGCAGGGAAUACUGACGUAUCGGGGGACUUGCCCAGACUGCCACGUCCACCUAAGACGUGUACAGGGACCAAACGUUGAUAGACUUUUCCAGGAAUUUAAUAUUCACUCAUUUGAUAUUGAAAGUCGGGUAGAUUUACCCGAAAUACUCAAAUAUCUACCACGAAUAGAAUUGAGUUCGAGCCGAGUUCGCUCUCUUCUUUAUUUUGAGCCCAAUGUGAGCAUGUAUAGAGAUUCUGCAAUCUACGCAUAUUCUCAGAUGUUUGAGUACUUUCACAACAUCUCGCGCGCGGGUGUUGUGGUGAUUAACAAACAUACGGACAUAUUCAAAGAAAUAUAUGUUUGUCCCAUAUUAGGCGGAACUCCUGAAAAUUCAGGUAACGUUCCAGCUUUUAUUCCGAGGCCCUUGGCCACAGACGGAAAGGAUCGCCUCUGGCUUGCCAUCCUUUCAGACAAGAAAAAAUUAGAGCAACAGCUUUCUCAAUUGAAAGCGCCUGCUUAUGGACUACUCAAUGCAGCAGAAAGUAGGACCUCUGCACCUCUCCUUUCGUACCCUAAGACCUCUUUGUCUUCGGGUGCUAAUUUGCCUCACUCUACUGCGCCUCUGUUGCCCUCUAACAGCUACCUGCACCUGCUGGAUAACCGUCUGGGGAACAUCCCACAAGGCAGCAGCGGAGGAAGUCAAACCGGCUACUACCCCGUCAACAGCCAUCAAUUGCCGCCCGGCAUGCUCAGCAACAUUCCAAUUACGUCGAAUGCACAUUCAUACGGAUCCAUGCCAGCCUAUGCGUUCAAUCAAAAAGGGAGUUCUGCGAUUCAAAUGUUCAACAAUCACCCGUCGCCGUCUGAAGCGUAUUCGAUGACAGGAGGUAUGUCUGUUUCGGCGUCCCGUCGUCUCCCCCUUCGGCCUCAUUCUCACCAUCGGAACUGUGUUGAACUGCCCGUCAAUUCCACCCGCGCUCAACCUGCUCCAAACUUGCCAGCGCCCCCUCCGUCUGGAAUGGCGAAUUUUCCACCAAGAUUUGCCUCUGGAAGCGGGGCGCCCAGUGAGAACCACCUAUACCACCUCCCCCCCAUGGGACUUGGCCCGUCCUCCGCGGCCGACGCGCGCCGUCCGAUGCUGCCGCCCGUCAUGCCGAAUUACCAAGUUCAUGGCAGUUGCAACAACCUCCGAGAAGACUCCUCUCAGCACCGGGAUAACUCUCCCAGACCCUACUUUCACCCCAUGCCCAUGGCCAAGCCCCCCCCCCCCUACAACGCGUUCGAACAGCCGCCCUACGCCUACGGCGUGCCAUCGCAACAGUCGGCGCCGCCUACGCGCGACGUCUCAAACAACGGCUUUCCUGCCCAGAAUUGGGACCGGAACUCCCUUUCUUUGGACCCCGUCGCACUGGCGGCUCUAUUCCAAGCUGUUUCCAACGGUACCCUGCCAAAUGCCUCUCUCGGUAAACAGCCUGUUUCCAGCAUGGCUGCCACAUCCAGUCACACCAACCAGUCCGCCCACUAGCCGAACGGGAGCUGAAGCGCUCGCCUAGGAGUCCGUGCGAGGAGGGGGCCUUCUGCUCGUCACCACAGGGAUCUACUUUGAACAAAAAACGUCUGCAACAUACAAAACGUAAAGAGAAGAAGUGUGUAUGUUGGUCUCGUGGAUUUUCAAAACUAGUGUAUAUAUAUUCUGUAUAUUGUAUACAUAAAUGAUAGAAGGAUAAGCCACGUUUUAUAGAGAUUCUUCGCCUCUGAGCCUGAGAUGUAUAUAUGUUUUACACGAAGUUUACAACACGAAUCACCUGAACAAACACACGUGUGCACAAACCGCAAAUUUACGACGCAGUUAAGAGAGAAGGCAUCACCGCCAACCAGCACUUGGUCCUCCGCCGACCAUGGGCGCGGCACCUCCGUGGACGGCACGCUUUAUGAAGCAGCGAACUUCGGCGCCGCCCGGCCGAGAGAAAAGCCCCCGCUUCGGCCUUCACUCUUUCGACAAAAUGACAACAUAUACGGAUUGUCAUAACUUUUUUUUCAACUCUUCCUGACCAUUUUUACCCACCCCUGCUGUACGCAAAGAGACUGUCUCUCUGACCCGCAAGCACUCCUCGUUUGGGACCGCCCUCCAGAACGCACGUUGUCCCGCUCCGACUCGAAACCGCGCCCGUGCCGUGCGUCCCUCAAGCCCGACUUCGAUUUGGUGAGGUAAAAAAAUUACGUGUCUCGAAAAACGCUCACUGUUUUUGUACCGCUCGUUGCAUCGGGCGCUCGCGGGUCGGCCUCUGCCCAGAGCCUCGGACGGUUGCCCCCAAGGCCGGCCGACGCGAGAUGGUGGGAGCGUGCGCACACGGGCAUAUCUUCUGUCCAACGAAUCCGUCCUUCGAUCCUGUUGUAAAUCAACGGAUCCACAGAAAACGGUUUCUCUUUUCCCGCUUUUUCAAUAAAUUGAAGUGCCCAAAAAUUAUUUAUACCAACAGCCACAUAACGUGCGGCGUUUC